AUGUUAAACAGUGAACAACUUGAGGAACUAUCUGAACGCUUUAAGACGAUCACAUCAGAUGGACGGGGGCAUCUGGAAAGGCACGAGAUCGGUGAUGCUCUAAAAGUCCUUGGAAUCGAUUUGGCGGGUUAUCAACUCCGCGACCGGUUGACCCAAUCAGGCCUUGGAAACACCACAGAAGUAUCACUCAAUGACUUCACAAAGCUUUACAAUGAGCUCGCCGAUGAGAAGAGCAAACCCACAAAGGAUUGGGGGAAACGGAUGGGGUCUGUCGUCCAAGAUGCCUACCAAGUUGCCGGUGGAGCCGACGACGGCACGGUGCACACGAUUCGGCACGAAGAGGAAGUUGCCUUCGCCAACUGGAUCAACUCAAAUCUCGGGUCAGACGCCGACCUCAAGCGACUAUUGCCCGUUACGCCAAUUGCCGGCGAUCUGUACACAAAAGUCCAGGAUGGCCUCAUCCUUUGUAAAUUGAUCAACUUGGCCGUUCCGGAUACGAUAGACGAGCGGGCCAUCAAUAAGAAGAAUCUAAACACCUAUACCAAGCUCGAGAAUUUGACGCUAUCCCUAAUGUCGGCUCAAGCUAUUGGCGUGAACAUUGUCAACAUUGGAAAUGUGGAUCUAUCAAAUGGGACUCCACAUCUUGUUCUCGGCCUGCUUUGGCAGAUUAUCAGGAUUGGUCUUUUUAAUCAAAUCGAUCUUCACCACGUGCCCGGGCUCUUCCGUUUGAUGCGAGAGGGUGAAACGCUGGACGACUUGAGGCGGUUGACGCCAGAAGAGAUCCUGAUGCGAUGGGUCAACUACCACCUCGAGCGGGCCGGUAUCCAACGGCGGAUGACCAAUUUCCAAGGAGACAUCAAAGACUCGGAAAUUUACACACACCUACUCCACCAAAUCGCGCCGCAAGGGACCGGCGUCUCAUUGAGCCCUCUAUCUGUGCAGGGCAAUGUAAACCGAGCGGACGCUAUGCUCAACGAGGCCGAGAAGCUCGAUUGCCGCGAGUUCGUCACUCCCAACGAUGUGGCGGCCGGGAAUCCCAAGCUCAACCUGGCCUUCGUCGCUAAUCUUUUCAACAAGUACCCUGCGUUGCCCGACCCCGGUGCCGAUGAGAUGCCUGAAGAAGAAGUGGUCGAGGAGACGCGUGAGGAGAAGACCUACCGAAACUGGAUGAAUUCGAUGGGAGUUAAGCCAUACGUCAACUGGCUGUACGCUGACCUGAACAAUGGCUGCGUCAUCUUCCAGUUGUACGACAUCAUCAAGCCAGGCAUCGUCCAUUGGAAGCAGGUGGUGAAGGUGUUCCACAAGCUCCGCGGAAUGAUGGAUCAGAUCCAGAAUUGCAAUUAUGCCGUUGAACUGGGCAAGCAGCUGCGCUUCUCGUUAGUCGGCAUCCAGGGCAAGGACAUCUACGACGGAAAUCCGACGCUUACUUUGGCUCUCGUCUGGCAAUUGAUGCGGGCGUAUACCCUGACGGUCCUGGCUGCUUGCACGCAAAGUGGGGACAGCCUGCCAGCCGACAAGGAAAUUGUCGCAUGGGUUAACCAGAAGCUCGCAUCCCAGGGCAAGUCAUCGUCGAUCAAGUCCUUCCAAGAUUCCUCCAUCUCGGAUGGGCGAGUCGUGCUCGACCUUAUCGACGCUAUCAAGCCCAACGUCAUCGACCACAGUCUUGUAAAAUCCGGCGGCAGCCAAAGCGAAAAUAUGGAGAAUGCGAAGUACGCUAUCACCUGCGGGCGCAAGAUUGGAGCAAAGAUCUACGCAUUGCCGGAGGAUAUCGUUGAGGUCAAGCCAAAGAUGGUGAUGACGGUUUUCGCGUGCUUGAUGGCACGAGACUACCUGCCGGACAUGCGGGAAGCAGCUGAACCCACGCCCGCUGCCCCCAACGGACUCAACGGACACUACGAUGCGUACGCCGAA